UUCACUUGUAAUAUCAUGUUUUCAGUGACUGGUAGAUGUCGAACUCGAUCUUGAGUUAUCGAUAUGAUUUUGAAUUCACAAUUUAGAAUUUACGUUAGUAGCUGCGAUGUGAAUGACAAGAGAAAUAUCGCAGGGCUAAAUAUUAGUGAAAUUCAUUUAAAUAAAUAAGCUAAAGCAACAGCAAGUGUCGAAAAAGGUUAGGUUAUCUUCAUUUAUAUCAAUCAGCUGUGCCAAGUUCGUACCAGAAAGUGAAUAAUUUGUGAUAAAUUAUUAUUUCUCUAAAAAGAGUAGUGGUUUAUCGAGUAGGAAGAAUGAGCGAAGUUCAGGAACCUGAAACUGACAAAGUGGAACCAAACGUACUGUUAGAAACUCAGGAAAUCGGAGAAGACGAAAUUGAAAAGUUGAAAGGAGAUACUGUAGGAGAUACUCUCUAUAGCGGCAAAUGGAUAAUCAAUAUUUUACUUUCAAUAUCAAAGGUUUUUGAAGAUGGCUGGAACGAGAAAGUGGAGUACGACUUAUGCACAUUAUGGGAUAUGACUGCAGAGAAAGACAUUGUUAACUUUCUUGUGGAUAAUGAUUUUCUUAAAAUUGCAGAAUUUGCUUUGAAUUCAUCCGAAGAACCAAGGUUUACGGAAAUAAUUUUGGGAAUAAUUGGCAAUAUGACUUGCGAACCGUCAGUGCUUGAUGUAUUGGGAGAGAAAGAGGAGCUUCUCGAAACAAUUCUUCGCCUCCUUUCUUCGGAAGACACUGCUACAUUAGUACAAAUACUUCGUCUCCUACGUUCUGCACUUUGGAAUAUUCAAAUCAAUCCUGAAUCAAAAUGGAGAGUUAAUUUAAGAAAUUCAACCUUUUUAAGGGAGGUGGUUCCUUUUAUCUUAAAAAGUUCUACAAACGAGGAACUUUUGAUCGCAACGACAAGUUUUUUGCGUUCUUCGGCAGAGAUCGAUCUUUCAUCUGGGAAAACACUAUUGGAUGAGCUAUUCGAAUCUUCUAGUUUUUUGCCAGGAAUGUUGGAAUCCUUUGAAGAAGUUUUUCCUCAAGACGAAGCACCUUAUUCACCUUCAACUUUAAAAUAUCUUGAAGAUUGGUUGGAAUUGUUUUCGAUUGUUCGAAAAGAACAUCAAAUUCAUCAAGAGAUCUUGCAAGAAGACAAUUUAAACAGAACAGUAGAGAUUCUACGAAGAAUUUUAGCAAGUUUUAUCGAUCCAUGGAAUCUUUAUCCUUUAGAUGAGACCAAAGCUUCUUGCGUUCAUAGAUGUGCAGAAAUGAUUCUCGAUUUUCGAUGGAAAGGAUUUUUAAGGGCAGACUCGACAGUUGAUAUAGAUGCAACAGUUUUAAAAAUUAUAGUUAGCAUCAAUACAGCAAUGAAAGAAGAAGAAGAAGAUUCCAAAGAAACAAUGGGAGAAUUACUAAAAUAUCUUGUAGGAUAUUGGAUCGAAGUGUCAAAAAUCUCUUCUGCAGAUGAAAUUAUAAAAAUUUUGAAAAUAAACGAAAAGCCUGUUACUGAUCAUACGAUAAAUUUAUUAAAAUCAAAAAUUCCUGCAGAAAAGAUCAUGAGUAUAAUAAAUGGAUUACCGAACAAAUAAAAUGAGGGUUUAGAAUAAUAGCAAAAAGAAAAUGAUUAAGUUAACCAAUGAAAGCAAUUUUUGUUAUAGCCUUUGAUAAAGACACGAGGAUUGAAUUUUUCAAUUAUUUGACAUAAUGAAGAAUCUUUUUUCACUUUCAUAAGAAAUCGCUUCUACAUGUUGUAUACAACUCCUAUCAUAUCCUACAAAUUGUAUUAGAUUGGACAAAAAUUUUGUAUUAAUUUUAUAUAUCUUUAUAUUCUCUUUUUAUAUUAAAAUGUUUUUUACCACUUUUAAUC